CCGUAGAUCCACCUCGCCGGUUUCGUGUGCGUUUGACGUCAGCGAGUUGUGAUUAUUUAGUUUGUUAUUUUACUGCGCGGUUAUCUCCCGCUCGAUACCAAUGAUAACACAUCAAGCGAUAUUGUAUAUUUCAGUUUCCCGGAAUGUAAUUCAAUUGCUGGCAAUUAUCUCUUGUGCUUUGGACAUUUUUCUGAUUGGCAGUGCAGAGAUAUGUGAUUGACAGUGUUUGCUUCGAAACAAUUGCUCCGAUAUUUAUUUCUUUCCUUUGCAACUACGCAUUUUACUUUUCUAGAUCUAGGUCGUUUCAAAGUAUACUUUGAUCAAUAAAAGAAACAUUGUCUGCCAAGAUGACGGCAGGCACCAGCUUAGUGGUGCCCAUAGUGCUGUGGGGACGCAUAGCGCCAACCCAUUGUAUUUCCUGCGUCUACUUGUCUCGGGAUCAAAAGACACUGGUGACAGGAUGUUACGACGGGCAGAUAUGUCUGUGGCAGGUGGAUCCGGAGACCUUAAAGAUGACUCCGAGAUGCUUGCUGGUUGGACAUACCGCCCCGAUAAUGUGUCUCAGCCGAGCCAGCGUCGUGAUGGAGCAGAAUUUCAUCGUCAGCAGCAGCGAGAGCGGGGAGAUGUGCACCUGGGAUCUAGUCGAUGGAAAGUGUCGCGAAACGGUGAAGCUUAACAGCGUCCACACGCAAAUGUUGCCCUACGUUUCUGCGGGUGGAGAGGACGUCAGACUGUUUUGCUCUGGAUACUAUCCCGAGGUUUUGGUGAUGGACCCGUUCAGCUUGGAAGUGCUGUUCACCCUAAGCUCCCGCGUCAAUCCAGACUGGAUUAGCGCCUUGCACGUUUUGCGGCCGGCCAAACGGAAAGGUCGGUUCUACGUGCAUACAAACGACGUCGUGCUGGCUCUGACGACGACGGGCACGGUGAAGGUGUGGACGCUUUUGGGACACGAGAAUCGUAACAGCGAGCCUCUGUACGAGCACGAGAGCAAACAGAUCCGCUGCUUGAACGCGCUCGCGAUGACUUGCUGCCCCUACAAUCAGAGAACAGUGCUGAUUGUAUGCUCCAAGUAUUGGCAGAUAUUUGAUGCCGGCGAUUUCUCGGUUCUCUGCUCCAUCACGGCCCCACGUGGCGAGCGUUGGAUGGCAGGCGAUUUCUUGUCCGCUGAUAGGGUCAUCCUGUGGAGCGACGAAGGUCACGGAUAUUUAUAUAAACUUCCAGCGAAGAUUCUGGUACAACUUGACAGCAAGCUGAAGGGCAAGGCUCUCAGCAGUAGCGUUGCGGAUAACAAGAACUUUCACACCGCCGGUGCGGAGUACGAUCAGCCAUAUCUGUACUGCACAUUAACGCAACCUGGAGAUAAGCCUCUUUCCUGUCCGCCGGCUAUGCGACUGGUCACCGUACAGCGUCAGAACAAGACCCUAAAGUAUCUGUUACGCGGGGACAGCGAGGGCGUCGUUAUUCUCUGGACAGUGCCAGACGUGACGACGCAGGAGCUCGCUCAGAUCUGUCAGAACGACGGGUCGUCACCACCGGGAUUGUCGCCGACCGUGAAGACGAGUCUCACCGCUGCCUGGGACGCGAUGAAGCCGCCUCCUGUAGGGAUACUCGAUCAGUUGGACACCGGCGAUGGCCACGGCAUUAAGCUCACCGCUUGCAUAUAUUUGCCGCAACAGAGUCGACUAGUCGUCGGUCGUGAGGAUGGUAGCAUUAUCAUCGUGCCGGCGACACAAACCGUAAUGCUUCAACUACUCCACGGCAAUCAUCAGCAAUACGAUGAUUGGCCACCGCAUCAAGUUUUGUUGGGCCACUCAGGACGAGUAAAUUGUCUGCUUUAUCCUCACGGCGCGGCACCUCGUUACGAUCGUACCCAUCUCGUUUCCGGUUCCGUGGACUUUGCUGUCUGUCUCUGGGAUUUAUACGCCGGCACAAUGAUCCAUCGGUUUUGCGUUCAUGCCGGUGAAAUCACGCAAUUGAUGGUGCCGCCCGAUAAUUGCAGUCCUAGGAUACAGAAGUGCGUUUGCAGUGUUGCAUCGGACCACAGUGUUACAUUGCUCUCGUUAGCGGAGAGAAAAUGCGUCGUGCUUGCCUCGCGACACCUUUUCCCAGUUGUGACCAUCAAAUGGAGACCACUAGAUGAUUUCAUGAUAGUCGGAUGUUCGGACGGUGCCGUGUACGUCUGGCAAAUGGAAACUGGUCACUUGGAUCGCGUACUGCACGGCAUUAUCGCGGAAGAGGUGCUUUACGCUUGCGACGAGAACACUAUAGCAGCAGCCGGUGGAUCCGCCGCCGGCGGUGAGCUAGGACUUGCUAAUCCUGCCGUGCAUUUCUUUAGAGGUUUGCGCCAUCGGAACCUGUCGGCGAUCAGACACGCGACGCAAAGAGGGCUGCAUCAAUUGCAACAGCUUCACGGUGGGCAUGGUCCCGACCACGGCAAUCAAAUAAAAGCCAAAGGUUCGCCGUUGAUGAUCCAAGGAUUCAGAAGUAACCCGAAGGAUCCAGAGAGUCAUAUCCUAUUUUUCGACAUAGAAGCGCUGAUAGUACAAUUACUUAGCGACGAGUAUGGUGCUAUGUCACCCGGUUCCUUAGAGGCGCAAGGACUUAUUUCCGCCGCCGAAUAUCAGAAAGUUGCAGCACUCACUCAGUCCGCCAGUCCCGAUGCGCACAAGAAAAUUGUUGACUUUUUCGGUCGCGUCAAGGAUAAGGCGGGUGAUGUUGAGCGAAUAUUGAAGGAGAAGGAUCGUCACGGUAUAUUGGCUAAGAUGAAGGAGGGUGCGGAGAAUGUGCAUACUAAAUUACAGGCCAAAGCGGAAAGCGUCGGCCUCAAGCCGUCCACAUUUGACGGCAAAGGCGACAAUUGGAAUAACAGUGACGCGGCAAAGAACAAUUUGAAACGGAACGGUGCGUUUAGCGAGCCAAAUGCGACGAUGGAAGUAGCGCAGCUGCUUUUGAGCCUUCUGCACGCCUGGGGCAUGGAUCCAGACUUGGACAGAGUUUGCGAGGGAAAGUUGGGUUUAUUGCGGCCUAUGGUUCCUAUCUCUUUCGGAGUACUAUCCAAGGGAGGUUACAUGUCGCUGUUAUUACCAACUUGGCAAACGCAGCUCGAGCCAGUCGGUGAACCUGCAACUCAAUUGGAGCAACGUUUGCCCGCUGAGCUAGUUAGGCAAGAGAGACUCACUAGAGCGUUCACGGCGAGAGCACACUGGGAAUUAUCGACAACCUUAACGAGUAAUCAUUUACUGGCAGUAGUCGCUUUAUCGAACACUUUAAUGUCGAUGAACAAUGCAACUUUUGUACCUGAGCAAGAGCGAAACCGCAAGAUGCAUAGGCCGGGCAAUAGAAGUGCAGUAAAUUGGAAUAAGACAGAAGAGGAAAAUGAGGAAAUGUACACGGUACAACAAGCGCAGAUCAAGCAGGGUUGGUCUCUCCUGGCUACCUUGCAUUGCGUAUUGUUGCCUGAUAAAGUUGCGGCUCAGGGUGGUGCAAAGACCUUCAAGCGGCCGCAAGUGGAGAUGAUGGCACGAAGGUGGCAACAUCAAUGUGUGGAGAUUCGAGAAGCAGCGCAAGCUUUGCUUCUUGCCGAGUUAGGCAGGAUGGGCUCAAAGGGCCGCAAAGCGCUUGUCGAUAACUGGUCGCAGUAUUUGCCGAUGUAUAGCACUCAGGAGCCGAUUGCGCCGCAACCGCAGAGCCAGAUGACUUCGCCGGCAGCCGGAAGUCCGGUGCCACCGUCCGAGUCACAACCAGAGGAAGAAGAUGAAGAAGAGGAAUUAGCGGAAGAGCUGAGUAUAGCUAGGAAGCCAUCAAGCGUGGCGGAAUUGAAGCGAAAGCAAACCACGGCGGUGGUGUUGCUGGGCGUAAUAGGAGCUGAAUUUGGUCAGGAUGUAACUACUACAAACCAAAGAAGGGAUAACGAGCAAAGACGGAAGAGCUCGAUUGUGGAAGGCUUUGGCAUAGGAAAUAACAAUCUUGCCAGACAUACCAGCAUGGCGCUCACUCAUUUAUUGCAUGCGCCUCAUUCUCCGAAGUUACCGUUGCACACAGCAUUACGAAGAGCCGCGAUUGAUCUUAUUGGCAGAGGAUUCACCGUGUGGGAACCGUAUCUCGAUGUAUCCAAGGUUCUGUUAGGCCUAUUGGAAAUGUGUUGCGAUGCGGACAAGUUAGUACCGAGUCUGACAUACGGCCUUCCUCUCACGCCGCAAGCCGACACUUGCCGCACAGCACGUCAUGCUUUAACGCUGAUCGCUACCGCUAGGCCAGCUGCUUUUAUCACCACGAUGGCUCGCGAAGUAGCCAGGUUUAACACUCUCCAACAGAAUGCCCAGACCUUAAACGUCAAUCUAGGUGCGAGUGUCUUGACCAGGGCAAAGCCAGAGAUCCUCAGGAUUGUCGAACAAUUAAUUGACAAGAUGCAGAGUGAGAUGAGCGAUCUUCUCGUGGAGGUAAUGGACAUUAUUCUACAUUGUCUUGAUCCAGGUCAUCUGAAAAUGAAGCCUUUGAACGAAGUAUUUCCAGCAGUGUGUAGAUUUAAUCAAGUCAGUCAUUGUCCAGCAACGCGCAGGAUAGCGGUUGGUGGCCGCGGCGGUCAGCUGGCAUUAUACGAACUGCGAGGUAACGUCAAGUGUCAAACCGUCUCGGCUCAUUCGGCGCCGGUUACCGCGCUGGCGUUUUCACCGGAAGGGAAAUUCCUCGUCAGUUAUUCUUGUUCCGAGAAUAAACUAUGUUUCUGGCAGCAAACCAGUAGCGGCAUGUUCGGCCUGGGCAACUCGCAGACUCGCUGCGUGAAGUCCUACAGUACCGCGCCCAUCAACGACGUGGCCCGAUUGAACCCUAUGCGCUUAGCACGGCUGAUUUGGAUCAACAAUCGCACAGUCACCUUGAUGCUCGCUGACGGCUCGGAAACGCGCUUCAAUGUUUGAACAUCAUGCGAGAUCGAUCUGGAGCUACCAACGGCUUCGUUCGGCAAGCGAAAGCAGCUUGCUCGCCAUUUAGCGCCGACUACAUCGAUUGAGCUUGAUUUAUACGAUGUUCUCUUCGUUAACAAAUUUUUUACAUGAAUCCUAACGAUAGUCAAUAACAACAACGCUGUUUUCAAUGAACAAGCUAAUUUAAUAGCAUUCCAAAUUAAAGAAUGCUAUUUUUUGGCUAUUUCUUGUAGAAAAGUGAUUAAAAAAAAAAAAGUAAGCGAUUCCACAUA